CGCGACUACGUGGGAAACUACCCUCGUGCCGUUCGCCGAGAGUGCAGCAGGGGUUGUUACGCUCGCGGGCAACCCUGAGAAAGGUCUUCUCCGAAGGUAACUGUCAUCCUGCGCGAUAACGUGCAGGAACGCAAUGAUCUUGUAAGCAAAUAAUGCUGGAAAAAAUGGAAGCAGAUAAUUUAAAUGAAAAAACACGUGAUUUUAAUCAGAACUUGAUUAAACCAUCUCGUUCAUUCGAACAAUUGUGCAGUAUAAUAAAUCAGUUGGAGAAAGAUAGCAGUAUUGAAAUUGCGGAGUGCAAUCGAGUGGACGCGUGUGUAAAACAUGACACCGAUGUGCAACCAAUGUUGCACAAAUAUUCGGAACAAAUCGAACCGGAAAAGGAUGAUACGAAGGACAAAUGUGGAGCAAUCACGAUCACUUAUGAAGACAUAAUGUCUUUUCUGGAAACCUUCGAAGAUGGUAUGCAAGCAGAUAAUAUCAUCGCCAAUAGUGCGACAACUAUAUUUUCAUCCUACAAAAAUUCUAAUACACAUGACGUACCGGCUGGGCGAACUUUUAGCUGUCAGCAGGAUGAUUUAGAGACCGCGAAAUUACAAAUCGAGGAAAAGAAUGCGACGAUUGAAUGUCUGAAGAAUCAGUUGAAGUCCGAACGCAAAGCGGCGUGCGACAAAAUCGCAUCGCAGAAGCGCUGUCACGCUACGAAGGCGAAAGAGCUGGAGAACAAGUACAGGAUGAUCGUGAAACGUCAUCAGAAAUUCAUCGAACAAUUGAUUGAUGAGAAAAAGGAUCUCACGCAAAAAUGCGAUUCUUUGGCGCGAGAGAUCAAGGAAAUCGAGCGUAAGGUUCAACGAGACUUGAAAGUAAUUACUGAACGACACAUCGUUGAGAUGCAACGGGUAAAAGACAACAUGAUGGCGUCGGAGAAGAUCCGGCGUGAGCGAUGGCUGGAGAUAAAAACUACGAAAAUCAAGGAAAUGACAGUGAAAGGAUUAGAACCGGAAUUACACAGCAUGAUGGAGCAACAUCAACAGGAAAUACAGGAGUUGAGGCGCGCACAUAUAAAAGAGUUACAGGACGUGGAAUUGCGUGCGAUGCGUAGGUCGAAUCAGCAGUUGGAGCAACUGCGAAUCGAACUGACGGAUAGUCACGAAAAAUUGUUGACUAAAGAGAAGGAUAUCUUAGCGGCAAGAUACAAAGAAAAGCUGGAAGAGCAGGAAGUACACUUUCAAACGCAACAAAAAACACUUGCGGAGCAUUUCGAAAGAGAAAAGUCGAUUCUUACUGCAGAACAGAAGAAACGCGAUGAGGAAACAAGUGCGAUAAUGCAACAAACGCAGUUGCAUUUUCAGAAAGAAACGGAAAAAUUAAAAGAGCAACAGGAAAUUGGCAAGCAGAAUUUUGAACAAUCCUUGCGAAAAGAAUGGCUCGCGUGGGUUGAUGAUUAUAAAAAACAACAAAGUGCAAAUUUCGCUAAAGCAGAGAUUGCGAUACGUAAUGAUUGUCAAAAGAUGAGGGAUAAGCAGAUAGAGAUUGCUAUAGCUAGAUUGGAAAAGGAAUCUCGCGAAAUACGAGUUAAAUUACAGCAAAAUUUCGAUAACAAACUGGAACUGAUGAAAGAAGAUUACGAUGCAAAAUUGGAAUCGGCAAUUAAAAGCGAAAGUAUUCAUAAAAAUAAAUUAUUGCUAUUGGAGGAAAGACACAAAUGUACAGAAACACAAUUUCAAAAAACAGAAGAUAAAUUGAAAGAGUACAUGUCCGACUUAAAUAAUAUGAAUGAGGUAAUUACAAAGGUAACUGCAGAGAGAGAUAAUGCAAAGGAGAUAGCAAAACAAGAAAUUGAAGCAGAGAAAAAAGAAUUGAAAGACAAGAUUGCGUCACUUUAUCAAGAAAUAACACGAAAUAAUGCUAACAAAGACCAAUCUAUAAGAGAAUUGCACAGCAAAAUAAAGUUUAUAAUCACUCAAAAAGUGUUUACUAUAAAACAUCUCCAUAGAAAGCUAAAUGCUGCUGAUUCAAGAUGCGAUCGUUUGGAAAGAUUGUUGGAUCAGCAAAGAAAGGAAUAUAUUUUAAAAACUGUGUAAAUAUCUUGAAUUUUAAAAGACUGCAUGUAUUAUUCGCAAAAAAGUUAAUAACUAAAAUUUCUAAUUAUUUUCGAUUAUAUUAAAAACAUUUUUUUCCA